AUUCGGUUUCAGAGAGCGUCGAAAUUUUCACCAGUGCGGUCGUAGAAUAUAAGCUCAAUCCUACUUUUAUUUUUCUACAGAUAGUUAGAAACCGAUAUUGCAAACGGCAAAUCACUGGAUAUACUAUCUUAACUCUACUGCCUUAUAAAUAUUCUCCACCCGCCAUCUUCUUAAAAAUAUUACCGUUAGCUGGAGCUAUACAAAUAAAAAUAGAACAUAACCUAGAAACGCGGAAACGGAAAAAAGCAUUCCAAAGGAUUCUAAUCACAAAUAAGCCAAAAAAAACAAAAGCGACAACAAAUACAUAGUAUGAAUGUCGCCUAAAUAUCAUCAUUUCGAGAUUGCACUGGUCUACUUUCUGCUCCUGAUACCAUGGCCGCCGACGAAUGUGCUGAGGUUGCUGUGUUCCCGAGAUAACAGCCGGCUGGUGCGCAAAAUAGUGCGCUCCAAAUGGACACCAAUAUUGGACAAGCAUCAGGUGAAGCUACCGCUGGAGUGUCCGCUGCAUCCUUUCCGGGAUGUUUUCGCCCCCAGACAGGAUGCCAAGCAGCGGGAUCGACCCACUCAGUGGACGUGCCGGAAAUGUGGCAAGAGCUUCUAUCAGGAGAAGCAUCUGGAUCUACAUUUCGACACACGCCACAAGCAGAUUAUAAAUGAGGCGGAGGAUUCUGUUUGCCUGGCCGACUUCUGCGACAUCAUGCGCUGCGAGGUCUUCGAGACGGAGGAUGCCUCGAGCCUGAAGUUCGGCGACCAGCACAUCGUCACGGACAUCGAGGUCUGGGGCGAUUCCUUGGGACAAAAUUCCGCCUUGGCCAAAGCGAAUGCCGCCUACUUGAGCUUAAUACCAAGAACUUCCACAUUGGGUGCCUCGCGUGCCGCCAAAGUACAAAACCGUCAAUUACCGCCAGACUCCAAGCCCAGUCAGGAUCAGUCGCCGGCAGGUGAGCGAACCCCACAUCCACACACCCAUUCCCACUUCCACCAUACCCGAGAGCGUGCAACCACCACCACAGCCAAUCCGCUUCGCCUAGAUGCAAUCCCGGAGGACGGUUCAGCGGCCAGACCCAAGUCGGCGGGCGAGAAGCUGCUCCACAAGCUCAAGGAGCUGGGCAAGGCGCACCUCAAGGCCGGCGCCACACCGCCGCAGGACUCCAGAAAGCAGAACGACACGGAAGAUGACGAGGACGAGGAGGGGGCGGAGGACGGCUCGGGAAGUGGUCAGCCCGAGGGCAGCGGUCAGGCGACGGAUCCAGCCAAAGUGGAAGAGGGUUCCGGCGCCAAUGGCAAUGGCAACAAGGCCCGGGCCAACUGCAAGCCGGAGGAGCUGAGCAAACUGAAAGCCCGUUGUGAAAUGCUUCUGAGGAGCUGCAUUGGAGGACUCUUGCUAUCCAUGUCGGAUCAGGCCUUUAAGGAAAUGGAAGAGGAAAUGAACAAGGCGGUGUGCUGGUACCUAACCUGCGACCGCUACUGGGAAGACGGACCUCUGGAGCCGCGCGCCUUCCCCUGGGGCCUGAUUGUCAUCCUGAUCUUUGUGCUCUCUACGGGGAUAUGCUUCUGCUACUACAUCAUCUGGAUACUGUUCGACUCCGAAGAGACGACAAUCAGUGCGAAUCACUACCACUACGGACAGCAUCAGGGCAGCCACAGCUCCGGUAUCGGAGGCGGAGGGAGCAUCUACAUGCCCGGAGCCGGAGUGGGUCAUCACUACCAUGUGGACUAUGCCACGCGGCACGACCUCGACCUGGACGCCGGCGGGAUAGCUUCUCAACAACAACAGCAGCAGCAGCAGCAGCAGUUGCUCCAGGAGCAGCAGUACUAUUACCAACAGCAGCAGCAGCAGCAGCAAGUGCAACAGCAGCAGCAGCAGCGGGACUUGUAUCCGGAACAGGUGCAAUAUCUGCGACACAGUCCACGGCAUUACAUCGCCGAUCAGCGUCCAGUGGCGGGAUCGGGAGUGGUAGUGGGAUCGGUUCCUGUGGGCACACCCACCCAAGGGGCCGUGCGCAGCAGCUCCUCCAACGCCAACACGCCAUUGCACCAUCGGCCUCAUCCGGUGGGUCAGCAUCCCCACCUGCAGCACCGUCACUCGACGAGCCUGGCCUACCCACAGGACAUUUUAGACCGACGCGACUAUACAAGUAGCUCGGGGGCACGAUCCAUGGCCACCAGUAGCACUGGUUCCGUAACGGUAACGGGAGUCACGGAGCCCCAGAGGCACUAUAAUACGCAUCCGCGUCCUCUGGACACGAGGCAUCGCCAUGUGGGCUCCUCGCAGCAAUCCCUACGUGCCUCCGCCUCCACGCACGAGAUCGUGCAACAGGAGGCGGGUCUCGGUCAGAACGAGCACUACAUCUAUGUGACCUAUCCGCCGGACCUCAAGAAGAGGUACUUUGAAUAGAGGUAACCGAGGAUCCUAGAAGCCUUCAAAGCCUACCUGGAGACUGUUGUGAAGCCUUCGAGGGGAUGAGUCGGAGAGACCAACAAAAAAUGGAAACGAUACCAAAGCUAAGAGAUCAAUCAUUUGAUCCGGAGGAUAUAUAUAGUAUAUAUACAUUAUAUAGUGAGAGAGCAGUGAGAGAGGAGAGGCUAUAUCCGGAUUCCGGAAGGAGAUGGAGUGGACUGGCCGCCAACCUAAACCCACAAGUUGGUUUUUUACUUUUUAGCCUGCAAAUUCUAGAUUUGUGAACUGUGCUGUUCUUUUUUUUAAUUCUACAAAAUAAAUUUGCAAUAUUUCUGUACAAUAG